CGGAUUGAACGUCUGAGUGCAUGUGGGGCCGCUUAAAGAGGUGCGCCGACCAGACGGCACAGACUUUCUCCGUUGAAGAAUCAGCGAGAUGAAGAGCAGCAACAACCCGGCACCAUGCGCUCCAGGCUCCCACGGACCGCCUGCCUAUUGCGACUCGUUGCACUCUGCAUCCUCCUCUCGAACACUGCAGCUUAUUUUGGGCUGACAGGAAGGGAACCCUUGGUGUUUUUACCUGGUCCGUUUUCCAAUGAACCUCCGACGGGCAAGGCCCACCUGAAGCAGUGCGAGCAGAUGACUCUGACCCGGCGGCAGAAGAGGCUGUGUCGCAGGGAGCCGGGUCUGGCAGAGACGCUGCGGGAGUCGGUGCGCCUCAGCCUCCUGGAGUGUCGCUAUCAGUUCAGGAACGAGCGAUGGAACUGCAGCCUGGACGGCCGGGGAAGCCUCCUGAAAAGAGCAUUCAAGGAGACUGCCUUCCUUCUGGCAGUGUCCUCUGCGGCGCUGACUCAUGCACUCGCCAAAGCGUGCAGCUCAGGUCGAAUGGAGAGGUGCACAUGUGACGACUCCCCCGGCAUCCAGCAUCGAGAAGCGUGGCAGUGGGGGGUCUGCGGGGACAACCUGAAAUAUAGCACCAAAUUUCUAAAGAAGUUCCUCGGCCAAAAGAAGGUCAGCAAGGACCUGAGGGCUCAAAUCGACGCCCACAACAUCAACGUUGGAAUUCGGGCAGUGAAGAGCGGGCUGAAAACAACCUGCAAGUGUCACGGUGUCUCCGGCUCCUGUGCCGUACGGACUUGCUGGAAGCAGCUGUCUCCUUUCCACGACACUGGACGGCUGCUGAAGUACAGGUACGACACGGCAGUGCGAGUGCUGAGUGUCACCAACGAAGCCACCGGGGAGACGGAGCUGGCGGGGCCCCGGCGCCACGGCCAGAGCCUCCGCACCACUGACCUGGUCUUCCUGGAGGACUCCCCUAGCUUCUGCAGGCCCUCGCGGUACUCCCCGGGUACGGGGGGCCGGUCCUGCGCCAAAGACACCAGCUGUCAGAGCCUGUGCUGCGGACGGGGGUACAACACAGCCAUGCGCCUCACCAGCCUCUCCUGCCACUGCCAGGUCCGCUGGUGCUGCCACGUGGAGUGUCAGACGUGUGUGAGGGAGGAGGAGGUGUACACCUGCAAGAACUCAUAGAAGAAAGUAGAAUGAUCCUUUGGGAACAGAAACGUGAGAGAGACAUUUUGACGUGGAUGAACUAUAAGCUCCAAUCUCACACAGAGUAUGUCUAUGCAAAUCUCCAUUCAGACCUGCAUGUUAUUUGGAGAGGAAUAUACACUUGUAAUAUUAUAAUAUUGCUGUUUUUUUUGCUAAUCGUCACCGAAUUGAUACGCAGCAGCUUUCCUGUAAGUUAGGAAGUUUUUAAACUCUGCUUUGGAUGCACUGAAAUCCCAUUUCUUAUGGGACUGAGCUCUUAAAACAGGUACUUGGACUGGAUGUCACCAGCAGUACGUCGUCUCUAACAGUGAUUUUGCGUAUUGUUAUUGCAUCGGCCCCUUCCACUUGACUAUUUAUUGUAUCAGUCACUGUUGUACUGCUGCUUUAUACCUUAACCUUCUUAUAAUUGCCACUAAGGCUAACAUGGCCUUAAAGGGAAUCCACCUGUCUGUCUUUCUGCCUGCUGUGGAGACAUUUUAGGAGUUCAUUUUUGAUUUAAAAAAAGCACUUAGAUUGCUCUUGUUAUGUAUGAUACAAAGAUAAUAAAUCAUGGUAUAACUAUUUAAAGUAUAUGUUUAAACCGAAUCACUGGAAACUUUGAGGGGUGCCACUGGAAUACAUUGUAACAUGCAUAAACAGGGUUAUUGUGUAAAGAAACAAGCUGGGUUUUCAGUUGCUCUUAUGGAAAUGUCUAUGGAAAUCUCUACAUGUAGCCUAAUGUGUGCUCAACAGAACAAAAGGAAAUAUCUGGGGUAAUAGUCAGGGAAACACCAAACACUGUCUUUGAAAAACAAAAAAGAAUGUUUCAUUUCUGAACAUACCAACCCUCCUCUCUAUUUAUAGAAGCAUGCUAUGCUUUCAAGUUUAAAAUUGAACUAUUUAGUCUUCAAAGUCUAAUUUAGCCACAUCUUUGUUCUAAAUGCCUUUGAAGUGGGCUAAUUGUUUUCCUUAUUUUCCUUAAAUGCUAAUUAAAGUAAAUCCCAGUGUUUACUCACUUAUCCCUACAUCCACGACAACUCUUACAAGUCCAUGUGAGCAGGUCAAAAGUGCACCCAAGAGGUUUAUUUUAUUGGCCAGUUUAUGUUUUGUUUGAGUGAUUCUGAACUUUAUAUAUUAUAUGAAUAUAACUCAUGUCAGGGCUCCAGGCUUAUGACAACAUGGAAUCGUAAUUUUUUCUACCUCACUUCAUCUUUUGGCAAAUAUCAUUAAGAUUUAUGAGCUAUGCAGAGUUAUGUCCUGUCCUUUUGCAUUUGUUUAAAGAUCAUAAUUUAGAUUUUCUUGUACAGUUCUUUUGAAUUUUGCUUCAACACAUCUCCAAAUGUUGUUUUUUAAUCUUGUUGCAUUACGUUCUUAUUUAAAAUAAAUACAUACA